AUGGAAAUGCCACAAAAUUCAAGGGGAGAAAACACCUUCAUUUCAACCCAGCCGUUUGUCUUUACCAGCGUCCCCACUCCAGUUGAGAAUGGAUUUGACGUUGAAUCUCCUGGCACAAAAGAGCUAUGUCACACACCCUUGAGCAAUGGCACUUUACUUUCCAAUGCAAACAGCCCUUUAGACUCCUGCAUCCAGCCCCUCUGCAAUGCCACAUCAGGCAAAUCUAGCCCUUGCAGUGAAGAAGUCAAAUAUGUGUCUGCAAACGGAGAAAACAUUGCCUGUGGCUGGGGGGCUUUCGCUCCUGACUGUUUACAGUUUUUCAAUACACCCAAAGGAAUCCUCUUUUUCCUCUGUAUGGCCUCCUUUCUGCAGGGGAUGACAGUGAAUGGCUUCAUCAACACAGUGAUCACCUCUAUAGAACGUCGCUAUGAUCUCCACAGUUACCAGAGUGGGCUUAUUGCUAGUUCGUAUGACAUAGCGGCUUGUGCCUGCCUGACCUUUGUCAGCUACUUUGGGGGCACUGGACACAAACCGAGGUGGCUUGGGUGGGGGGUUUUGGUAAUGGGGCUUGGCUCCAUUGUGUUUGCUUUGCCUCAGUUUACCACUGGUCACUAUGAAGUGAACUUCUCAGAAGAGUUUGGAACAUGUGGCUCAAAUCAAAAUGUAUCCUGUACAGAAAGGUCCUCGAGCCUCUCCAACUACAGAUUUGUCUUUAUGCUUGGGCAGUUCCUUCAUGGGAUUGGUGCAACACCACUGUACACUCUGGGAGUGACCUAUCUAGAUGAAAAUGUCAAGUCGAACUACUCUCCGGUCUACAUUGCAAUUUUUUAUACAGCUGCAAUUCUUGGCCCAGCAGCAGGUUACCUGAUUGGAGGAGCACUGCUGAACAUUUACACAGAAAUUGGCAGAACGACUGAACUAACGACCGAAAACCCUCUGUGGGUUGGGGCCUGGUGGAUUGGAUUCCUGGGGGCUGGCGCAUCUGCCUUCCUCAUUUCCAUCCCCAUCCUUGGCUAUCCUCGUCAACUGCCAGGAUCACAGCGCUACGUGGUAAUGAGGGUAUCUGAAACUCAUCAGUUAAAGGAUGGGAGCCAUAAGACAGCAUCUAAUCCAGACUUUGGGAAAACAGUCAAAGAUCUGCCUCUCUCAAUCUGGCUGCUCCUGCAGAACCCCACGUUCAUCCUCCUCUGCUUAGCUGGGGCAACAGAGGCUACCCUCAUUGCUGGCAUGUCGACUUUUGGACCCAAGUUCCUUGAAUCACAGUUCAGUUUGAGUGCUUCCGAAGCUGCUACCUUAUUCGGUUACCUGGUGGUGCCAGCAGGAGGAGGAGGUACGUUCCUGGGUGGAUUCUUCGUGAACAAAUUUAAGCUCCGCUGCUCAGGGAUUAUCAAGUUCUGCCUUUUUUGCACGGUGACAAGCCUUUUAGCCACAUGCAUAUUUUUCAUGCACUGUCCAAACAUGCCUGUGGCUGGCGUGACAUUUAAAUAUAAUGGGAGCGACUUGCCAGAAGGCACUCUACAGCUGUUAGCUUCCUGCAAUGAGAACUGUGGGUGUCUGAGGGAGAUCUACAGUCCAGUGUGUGGUCCAGACAAUGUGAUGUACUAUUCUCCCUGCCAUGCUGGGUGCUCCACAGUGUCUAGAUUUCCAGAAGGGGGCAAGAAGGUUUACCGUGACUGUAGCUGUAUUCUUCAGCAUUUCCCCUCUGGUUUGAGUCAUGCUACAGCAGGGAAAUGUACUUCAUCUUGUCAGAGAAAGUCCCUUCUUCUGGUUUUCAUAUUCAUUGUAAUUUUAUUUACAUUCCUAAGCAGCAUUCCUGCUUUAACUGCAACUUUACGGUGUGUCUCUGACCGGCAGAGAUCCUUUGCACUAGGAAUUCAGUGGAUUGUAGUUCGCACUCUAGGUGGAAUUCCUGGCCCAAUUGCCUUUGGCUGGGUGAUUGAUAAAGCUUGCUUACUCUGGCAGGACCAAUGUGGAGAUCAGGGAUCCUGCUACAUUUAUCAAAAUUCUGCCAUGAGCCACUACACCCUCAUUGCUGGAAUCGUUUACAAGGUGCUUGGGAUCAUUUUUUUUGGCUCAGCCUGUUUGCUGUAUAAGCCACCAAGAGGGUCUCCAGACUCCCCAGCAGCAUCUCCUCCCAGCAGUUCAAGUGCUUCUGAAAACAUCACUGACCUCCAAGAGCAGGGCUCUGUCCUACAGACCCAGGAUAGUGUCUAG